AUGUCCGAAUUAAUAUGGACAAAAGAAGGACGAAAGAAUCUCACUGAAACAUUCAAGUUAACGCCUGGACUUAACGAAAAGCCACUUCGCUAUAAAGAUAUGCAAACGUUCUUCGGAUCGAUGUUCUCACCCUUUCAAGGUCUGGCACAGUAUUAUGGAGAAAGAUAUGUAAGGAUUCACAUUAACUAUUAUCACUUCAUCGCGUUCUUUAAGCAGGGAGUUUGA